GUUCAAUUGCAACAAAGGAUAAAACAAGAAGCUGAACAAUUUCGACAAUGGAAAGCUUCUCGAGAGAAGGAAGUGCUGCAGUUACGAAAGGAGGGCAGGAGAAAUGAAUAUGAAAGGCAUAAGCUGCAAGCUUUGAAUCAGCGCCAGAAAAUGGUUCUUCAAAGAAAGACCGAAGAGGCUGCAAUGGCAACCAAGAGGCUGAAAGAAUUGCUAGAAGCUCGCAAGUCUUCUGCCCGCGAUAACUCAGUUGUUGCCAAUGGAAAUGGAACAAACGGACAGAGCAAUGACAAAUCCUUGCAACGCUGGCUUGACCAUGAGCUAGAAGUUAUGGUGAACGUGCAUGAAGUACGCUAUGAAUAUGAGAAGCAAAGUCAAGUGCGAGCUGCACUGGCAGAAGAGUUAGCCAUUCUAAAGCAAGUGGAUGAAUUUGCUGCUAAGGGCCUUAGUCCUCCAAGAGGAAAGAAUGGUUUUGCUAGAGUGUCUUCCAUGUCUCCUAACGCAAGAAUGGCCAGAAUAUCUUCACUUGAGAACAUGCUGAGCAUUUCAUCAAACUCACUUGUUGCAAUGGCGUCACAACUUUCUGAGGCAGAAGAACGAGAUCGUUCUUUCACUAGCCGUGGACGUUGGAACCAAUUACGCUCCAUGGCAGAUGCCAAGAACUUGCUUCAAUAUAUGUUUAAUUCAGUUGCAGAUGCAAGGUGUCAAUUGUGGGAGAAGGAUAUAGAAUUCAAGGAAAUGAAAGAACAACUCAAAGAGCUUGUAGGUCUGUUGCGGCAGAGUGAGACACGUAGAAAGGAGGUUGAGAAGGAACUAAAAUUGAGAGAGCAAGCUGUUGCAAUUGCAUUGGCUACAUCAGCCUCGCCUGGCCUUGAUCAGGGGAACUCGCACAAUUCAUUGAAACACUCUGCUGAUGAUAUGAGUGGUCCCUUAUCCCCAAUAUCUGUGCCAGCACAGAAGCAGUUAAAAUACACGGCAGGAAUUGCUAAUGGCUCAAUCAGGGAAUCAGCAGCAUUUAUAGAUCAGACGAGAAAGAUGGUACCAAUUGGGCAGUUGUCAAUGAAAAAAUUAGCAGUUGUAGGACAAUCUGGGAAGCUAUGGAGAUGGAAAAGGAGUCAUCAUCAAUGGCUAUUGCAAUUCAAAUGGAAAUGGCAGAAGCCAUGGAGACUGUCAGAAUGGAUUAGACACAGUGAUGAAACACUCAUAAGGUCGAAGCCUCGACUACAGGCUCUCUCGAAAUGUGAUGUGGUUUGAUAUUUCACCAUAUCGUUACCCAAAUUUCAUCUGUGGCCUAUAAGCAUCAUCCCAACCAUGGCAUGGACAAGCAAAAAGACAAGCCCAGCAUGCUGUUAGUAGCCGUUGAGGAUAUCUGCUUAUGUCAUGAAUGAAUCCAUUUUGGAGAGGUUAGGUUUACGAUCUUGAAAUUUUUAUCAAGGGUGCAUAUUGUAAAGCUGUGUUUCAUGGUGUCGAUGGUUACCCAUUUACAUAGAGCUGUGUUUCAUGGUGUCGAUGGUUACCCAUUUACGUAGAAGAAGACCACCAAAAGGGUUGAGGGUGCGGGUGGUGAUGAUACUUUGGUAGAAGGAGAUGUAGCUCCGGAAGGUGCCAUACAGUGUUGCAGUAUAUUUUCUGUUAAUAACACCGAUUCAAGAGAAGAAACCAUUCUGUCAAGUCAUAGAAAUAUAUAUUAAAAGAGGUUGUCCUUUUAUAGUCGUACUUCUUCUGGACGUAAAGUUGUUUUUAGUGUCUAUUGUGUGUAAGCACAAUAUCAACCGCUAUGUAGCAUAAUUCUGUUGCAUCACAGUUCACCCACGAAAAAAAAAAAAAAAAAAAAAAAAAAAAAAGGAAAAUUCUUUGGGAGAUUUUUUUUUUUUUUUUUCCACUUUGUUGUGUAAAACAUUACAUUUACUUGAAUCCUGUAUGUAUGUUGUAUGGAAAUAGUGGAAAAUAUUCAAUCACAAUUAAAGCUUUUAUUUUUUA